CCCACAGCUCUUUGGCAGGUUGUAUGAAAAACAGUUGCUUCCAAAAUCCGUUACCUUCAGGAAUACCACAACCGGGUUCUCCACAACAUUUACCCUGUGCCCUCUGGAACUGACAUUGCAAAUACUCUGAAAUACUUUUCUCAGACAUUAUUGAGCAUUUUGUCCCGCACAGGGAAGAAGGAGAAUCAAGAUGCCUCCAAUUUGACAGUGCCCAUGACCAUGUGUCUUUUUCCUGUGCCAUUCCCACUCACCCCAUCUCUAAGACCACAGGUCAGUUCCAUCAACCCUACUGUUACUCGCUCCCUCCUUUACAGCGUCCUGCGAGAUGCUCCAUCUGAACGUGGCCAGCAAAGUCGUGAUGCUCAGUUAUCAGACUACCCAUCCUUGGACUAUCAAGGACUUUACGUGACACUGGUGACACUGCUGGAUCUAGUUCCCUUGCUACAACAUGGUCAACAUGAUCUUGGGCAAUCAAUUUUUUACACUACUACAUGCUUACUUCCUUUUCUCAAUGAUGAUAUUUUGAGUACUUUACCCUAUACAAUGAUUUCAACACUAGCUACCUUUCCUCCAUUUCUGCAUAAGGAUAUUAUAGAGUAUCUCAGCACAUCUUUUCUGCCUAUGGCUAUAUUGGGAUCCUCAAAAAGAGAAGGUGUUCCAGCACAUGUCAAUCUAUCUGCAUCAUCAAUGCUAAUGAUUGCAAUGCAGUACACCUCAAACCCGGUGUAUCACUGCCAAUUAUUGGAAUGCCUCAUGAAAUAUAAGCAAGAAGUAUGGAAAGAUUUGCUAUAUGUGAUAGCCUAUGGACCAUCUCAAGUUAAACCUCCAGCGGUACAAAUGUUAUUUCACUAUUGGCCCAAUUUAAAACCCCCUGGGGCAAUCAGUGAGUACAGAGGACUGCAGUACACAGCCUGGAAUCCUAUUCAUUGCCAGCACAUUGAAUGCCAUAAUGCGAUUAACAAACCAGCUGUGAAGAUGUGCAUUGACCCAUCCUUGUCUGUGGCUUUGGGUGAUAAGCCACCUCCCCUAUAUCUUUGUGAAGAAUGCAGCCAGAGAAUUGCAGGGGAUCACAGUGAAUGGUUGAUUGAUGUUCUUCUACCACAAGCUGAAAUUUCUGCUAUAUGUCAGAAGAAGAACUGUAGUUCACAUGUCAGAAGAGCUGUUGUCACGUGCUUCUCAGCGGGCUGCUGUGGCCGCCAUGGCAACAGGCCAGUGCGCUAUUGCAAAAGAUGCCAUUCGAAUCAUCACAGCAGUGAAGUUGGGGCAGCCGCAGAAACCCAUCUUUAUCAGACCUCACCACCCCCUAUCAAUACUCGGGAGUGUGGGGCAGAGGAACUUGUGUGCACUGUGGAAGCUGUGAUCAGCUUGCUGAAGGAAGCAGAGUUUCAUGCUGAGCAGAGGGAGUAUGAACUCAACCGCAGGAGACAGAUGGGUCUAUCCUCUUCCCAUCACUCCCUGGACAACACAGACUUUGAUAAUAAAGAUGAUGACAAGCAUGACCAACGCCUCCUGAGCCAGUUUGGAAUUUGGUUCUUGGUGAGCCUUUGCACUCCCAGUGAGAAUACACCCACAGAGAGUUUAGCAAGGCUAGUUAGCAUGGUAUUCCAGUGGUUUCACUCUACAGCUUACAUGAUGGAUGAUGAAGUUGGUAGCCUGGUUGAAAAGCUCAAACCCCAGUUUGUUACUAAGUGGCUGAAGACUGUUUGUGAUGUCCGGUUUGAUGUCAUGGUUAUGUGCCUCCUUCCUAAACCAAUGGAGUUUGCCAGGGUUGGUGGAUACUGGGACAAAUCAUGUAGUGCUGUGACCCAAUUAAAAGAAGGGCUGAAUCGAAUCCUUUGCUUGAUUCCGUACAAUGUGAUAAACCAGCCGGUGUGGGAAUGUAUCAUGCCAGAAUGGUUGGAAGCUAUAAGGAUGGAAGUGCCUGAUAAUCAACUGAAAGAGUUCCGGGAAGUGUUGAGCAAAAUGUUUGACAUUGAACUUUGCCCUCUCCCUUUCUCCAUGGAGGAGAUGUUUGGCUUCAUUAGCUGUCGAUUCACAGGGUACCCGUCUUCUGUGCAAGAGCAAGCAUUGCUUUGGCUGCAUGUGUUAUCUGAACUAGACAUUGUUGUUCCUCUUCAGUUACUAAUUAGCAUGUUUUCUGAUGGAGUUAAUUCUGUAAAAGAGUUAGCAAAUCAAAGAAAAUCGAGAGUCAGUGAACUGGCGGGAAAUCUCACAGCUCGGAGGGUAAGCGUUGCUUCUGACCCUGGGCGCAGAGUUCAGCACAACAUGCUGAGUCCUUUCCCAAGCCCCUUCCAGAGUCCAUUUCGGAGUCCAAUACGUAGCCCUUUUCAUAGCCCCUUCAAGAACUUUGGACACACCAGUGGAAAGACAAUUGAUUUUGACUGUGAAGAUGAUGAAAUGAAUCUUAAUUGCUUCAUUCUGAUGUUUGAUCUCAUCUUGAAGCAGAUGGAACUCCAGGAUGAUGGUGUCACUUUGGGCUUAGAGAACAGCAUUUCAAAAGAUAUAAUAUCCAUCAUAAACAAUGUGUUCCAGGCACCCUGGGGUGGUUCACACACCUGUCAGAAAGAUGAAAAAGCAGUUGAAUGUGGUCUGUGUCAGUCCAGCAUUCUGUGUUACCAGCUGGGUUUUGAGCUGCUGGAACAGCUUGCUCCAAAAGAAGAAAUCAGGCUUGUGGAGCCAACAGAUAACCUCGAGGAUAGUCUUCUGUAUACUAGACCUGAGUUUAUUAUAGGAACUGAAGGAGAAGAGGAAGACAAAUCGGCACCAAAACAUGGAGAAAACCCAGGAAAUCACACAGAGACCACAGAAAAUGCUGCAGUAAAGAAUGACACAGAAAGAAAAUUUUGUUAUCAGCAACUUCCAGUUACCUUGAAGCUCGUAUACACUAUAUUGCAGGAAAUGUCAAGGUUUGAAGAACCAGACAUUCUUUUUAACAUGCUGAACUGUCUGAAGAUCCUGUGUCUUCAUGGGGAAUGCCUGUAUAUAGCAAGAAAGGACCAUCCACAAUUUCUUGCCUAUAUUCAAGACCACAUGCUGAUUGCAAGCUUAUGGGGAGUUGUGAAGUCUGAGUUCUCUCAGCUUUCUUCCCUGGCAGUCCCACUUCUUCUUCAUGCACUUUCGCUUCCCCAUGGAGCUGACAUUUUCUGGACAAUCAUAAACAGCAAUUUCAACAGCAAAGAUUGGAAGAUGAGAUUUGAAGCAGUGGAGAAGGUGGCUGUGUUGUGCAGAUUUUUGGAUAUUCACUCUGUGACAAAAAACCACCUACUGAAGUACUCUUUGGCUCAUGCAUUCUGCUGUUUCCUGACUGCUGUGGAAGAUGUCAACCCAGCAGUAGCUACAAGAGCUGGGCUAUUACUUGACACCAUAAAGAGGCCAGCUUUACAGGGUCUCUGCCUCUGCCUUGAUUUCCAGUUUGACACAGUUGUCAAGGACAGGCCCACAAUUCUUAGUAAGCUUUUGCUACUUCAUUUUCUAAAAGCGGAUAUUCCGGCUUUGAGCUGGGAGUUCUUUGUGAAUCGCUUUGAGACCCUGUCUCUGGAAGCACAGCUUCAUCUGGACUGCAACAAAGAAUUCCCUUUCCCAACAACUAUCACUGCUGUCCGGACAAAUGUCGCCAACCUCAGUGAUGCAGCAAUGUGGAAGAUCAAGAGGGCUCGUUUCGCACGUAAUCGUCAGAAGAGUGUGCGUUCCCUGAGGGACAGUGUGAAGGGACCAGUGGAGUCAAAGAGAGCGCUCUCCCUUCCAGAAACCUUAACCACCAAAAUUCCUUUGAGCUUGACCAGACACGAGCAGUCUGCUCCAGCACUUGGAGGAACACCAGAGCAAACACCAGGACAACCCUCCCCAGAGAAUGAUAAUACAAUAAAAGACCUGCUGCCAGAGGAUGCUGGGAUUGAUCACCAGACUGUCCACCAGCUCAUUACUGUGUUGAUGAAGUUCAUGGCAAAGGAUGAGAGCAGCGCUGAGUCAGACAUCAGCAGUGCUAAAGCUUUCAACACAGUCAAGCGCCAUCUGUACGUCCUGCUUGGUUAUGAUCAGCAGGAAGGAUGCUUCAUGAUUGCACCACAAAAAAUGCGUGUUUCGACCUGCUUUAAUGCCUUUAUUGCUGGAAUAGCACAAGUGAUGGACUAUAACAUCAACCUGGGAAAACACCUUCUUCCCUUGGUGGUGCAGGUGUUGAAAUAUUGCACUUGUCCUCAGCUAAGGCAUUACUUUCAGCAGCCUCCCCGCUGCUCCCUCUGGUCCCUCAAACCUCACAUUCGGCAGAUGUGGUUAAAGGCUUUGCUUGUCAUUCUCUAUAAGUACCCCUACAGAGACUGUGAAAUCAGCAAGAUUGUACUCCACCUAAUCCACAUCACAGUCAAUACCCUCAACGCUCAAUAUCACAGCUGCAAGCCCCAUGCAACUGCUGGUCCUUUGUAUAGUGACAACAGUAACAUAAGCCGAUACAGUGAAAAGGAAAAAGCAGAGGAAGACAGUGUUUUUGAUGAAUCUGAUAUUCAUGAUACACCAACUGGACCUUGCAAUAAAGAAUCUCAAACUUUCUUUGCAAGACUGAAAAGAAUUGGUGGCAGCAAAAUGGUGAAAUAUCAACCAGUUGACAUGAAUGCUCAGAGAAGGAAUGCAGACUCCCUGUUGUUUUCAUUAGAUGAACAUCGCAGGAAGUCCUGCAUAGACCGGUGUGACUUAGAAAAACCACCUGUCUCUGCUGCUUACACCAUACACAGGCAGGGUGAUUAUGGACGAUCUCGACAGAAUUCUUCUACUAAAGCUGAAAAUAUAGAAACACAAGAAAAUCUUCCUCGUACAGAGAGUUUCCAGGAAACAAGAAGACCUGUCAUACCAGAAGUUAGGUUAAACUGCAUGGAAACCUAUGAAGUGAAAGUGGACUCUCCGAUUAAACCUGUUGGUCCCAAGGAAGAUUUAGAUCUGAUAGAUUUGUCCUCUGACUCAACAUCGGGUCCUGAAAAGCAUUCAGUACUCUCCACUUCAGACAGUGACUCUUUAGUCUUUGAACCACUUCCUCCCCUUAGAAUAGUGGAGAGCGAUGAAGAAGAAGAAACAACAAACCAGCUGAAUGAUGAGGUCUCUGGCAAAACUGCCGCAUCGUCUCCCUCAACUCCUAUCAAUGUCUCUGCACUCAGUCUUAGUACAACUCCUCUGGUCCAGUUCAGUAUUGAAGAUUGCUCCAAAGAUUUUAGUUCUAAGGAUACAAGCAAAAUAGAGGAGAUCCUUUCCAAUUCUCCGAAAGAUCAAAAGGACUCUUCAGGGUUAGUUAAGCCAGAAGAACUUCAGGACAUGCCCUGUGGGAACCCACUAACACUGAAACAGAAAAGGGACCUGCUGCAGAAGUCAUUUGCCCUUCCAGAAAUGUCCCUUGAUGAUAACUCCGAGCUCAGUGUGGAGGAAAUUAGACCUAGUGGAGCAAUUCCAAGCCCAAAUGUAAAGACGGUCCUUAUUAAAGUCCCCGAAGAUUCUGAAAACCAAACAGAAAGUGAUAAACUUGAUACCAACACAGAGUCUGACACUGAACAAAACACAGAGCAGAAACAAGAAGAGGAGACUGAGGAGUCAGAAUUUAAGAUUCAGAUUGUUCCUCGCCAGAGGAAGCAGAGGAAGAUUGCUGUGAGUGCUAUUCAGAGGGAAUACCUGGACAUUUCCUUUAACAUCCUUGACAAGCUGGGAGAGCAGAAGGAGGCAGAUCCUGCUGCCAAAGGACUUUCAACACUGGAAAUGCCAAGAGAGUCAUCAUCUGCACCAACCCUUGAAGCAGAUGUCCCAGAGACAAGUAGUCACUCUUCCAUAUCAACUCAGUUCAGACAAAUGAAAAGAGGCUCUUUGGGAGCUCUGACAAUGAACCAGCUAAUGAAGAGGCAGCUGGAACACCAGUCUAGCGCUCCCCACAAUAUCAGCACUUGGGAUACUGAGCAGAUACAGCAUGGAAAGCGGCUGUGCAAUGUCCCUGUUUGCCUAAACCCCGACUUGGAGGGACCACCACUGAGAAUCAGAGGUGCCACAAAAUCUAGCCUGCUGUCAGCACCCAGUAUAGUCAGUAUGUUUGUACCUGCACCAGAAGAAUUUGCUGAUGACCAGCCCACUGUGAUGACUGACAAGUGCCAUGACUGUGGGGCUAUUCUUGAAGAAUAUGAUGAAGAAACACUAGGCCUGGCCAUAGUUGUGCUCUCAACCUUCAUUCACCUUAGUCCGGACUUGGCUGCUCCUUUGCUGUUGGACAUCAUGCAGUCUGUAGGAAGGUUGGCAUCAAGUACCAGUUUUUCUAAUCAAGCAGAAAGCAUGAUGAUCCCUGGAAAUGCUGCAGGUGUGGCCAAGCAGUUCCUCCGUUGUGUGUUCCAUCAGCUGGCUCCCAAUGGCAUCUUCCCCCAGCUCUUCCAGAGCAAUAUUAAAGAUGGAAGUUUUUUACGGACCUUGGCCACGUCUCUUAUGGACUUCAGUGAGCUGAGUUCCAUUGCUGCUCUGAGCCAGCUGUUAGAGGGCUUAAACAACAAAAAGAAUUUACCAGCAGGGGGUGCAAUGCUACGCUGUUUGGAAAAUAUUGCUACCUUUAUGGAAGCCUUGCCGAUGGAUUCGCCCAGUAACCUCUGGACCACAAUUAGUAAUCAGUUUCAGACCUUCCUUACUAAACUCCCUUGUGUUUUGCCACUUAAGUGUUCUUUAGAUUCUAGUUUGAGAAUCAUGAUUUGCUUGUUGAAGAUACCUACCACUAGUGCCACCAGGAGUCUUCUGGAGCCUUUUUCAAAAUUACUAAGCUUUGUAAUUCAGAAUGCUGUCUUCACUCUGGCCUACCUGGUAGAACUGUGUGGUUUGUGCUACCGAGCCUUCACUAAG